AUGGCGGCGUCGUCUCCCUUGAAGCCUGAAGCGGAGUGCGUCUUUGCCUGCACCGAAUGCUCCCUCGGCGUCAUCAUCCCGCGGACGUCGCUCCCGAAAUCCACGCUGCCCGGCAGCGCACACCAGGUAUCCUGCCCGUUGUGCCGUUCCACGUGUCAUGAGAUUCCAUCCGUGGGCAGUGGCGGCAGCAGCAGCAGCAACGCAACUUCUGAGUGGGAAUCUAAGGGAGGCGUGAUUGAAGCAGGUCCCCUACAUGAGGACGCUGCUGCUGUGAAGAGCGGGUUGGUGAUGGCGGAGGGCGAAAAAGACUCCGCCGACUCUGCGAAGGUGCAGGCAGACGGCUUUGCGGAAAAGGACGACGAGAAUGAUGGAGCUGGAGGGGCCGGGCAGGGGGAGCGUGGCAAGCGCUCGCAAGAUUCUUCGGAAGCUAAGGCAGAGACAGGGGAUAUGGUAGGAGAGGGAGAAGUUGGGAAAGGCAAGGGGAAAGCGGAAGAGACUGAAGGUGCAGGAAAGGAAGACGUGGUGGCAAGUGAGAGCGAUGGCAGCGACGACGAGGACGAUGGUUCAACUGAGGCUGGCUGUGGGGGAAGCAGCACGGGCAUGCCGACAGCAACACCAAUUGAGGGAGCAGCAAGUGGCAUGGAGUCGGCAGCAGGGUCAGAUGCGAUAGUCACAGCAGUUGGGCCAGGCACAGCACCCUUCCUUCCCCCUGCGGCAGGGUACAUUCCUGGAUCGACACUGUGUGUCUAG